UGUGUUGGGGUGAAGACUGUAGCUCAGGAAUAUGUUCAUGAGCAAGAGCUCAGGGGAGGGAAAGAAAAUGAAGGAACUGCCAAAAGAUGCAGAUACCAAUAUGGUGUCUCUGGGGAGAUAAAGAAAACCUUCCAGCCUCUCUUCUUCUUCCAACCCAUUGCAAUAGCCCUGCCCAGCCCCAGCUCCAUAUUUCUUCUCUUGUACAUUGCCCCCCUAGGGUUGAGGAUCUUAUGCUUACGCUUCCAAAUGGUCUCUGGGAGUUCCUUGGGGCUGUGGGGUGGGGGAAUUGUUCUCAUUGUUAGGGCCGAGGACUGUUAAUUCCAUCUGCCCAAACUCUGAAUGGAGUCUGGACAGCUUGGGGACUCCAUCUGGCCUCCCUGGGACUCUGCUUCACGAUCUAGCAGAAGAUGGGGAAGAAGGAUUCAUAGCAGACAGAAACAGAAACCCAAAGAACAGUUGUUGAGGAGUGGGGAAGGGGAUGAUGAAAUUAACUUCCCUUCAGACUGCAGGAGGGCCAAGGGAUGGAAACAGAAAUAGGAUGGUGAUCCAUCUCCUUUUAGGCCUCAAUUGACUGAGAAGUUCCCAGGUACAUCUGUCUAAUGCUGUUCUCACAACUAGAUACAUGAGACUAGAUGAAAUUGGGCAUCAGAUAAAGACAGGCAGUGUAGCCCUAAAGACUGACUAUUUGUGCUUGGCUUCCUCCAGUCUUAUUAGAGUUACAUUGGCCUGGAUCAAGGUGGGUGCUAGUUGGCAUUUAAGCCCUAGUGAAAACUCUACUUUGAAAUGGAAGGAGGGUGGGACAUGGCCAGUGCAGAGCACUGCAAGAGACUGAGAACUGAACAGCGUGGCAUUGGGGGUAGGUCCCUUUCUCUGCCACAUCUGGACUCCAAGGAAAUGGCUUGGCUGGGCUGCCUGAUGCAGAAAGAAGUGGGGAAGGUGGAUUCUCCAGGUUUUUCAGAUUCAAAUAUUUCCUACAGACCCUAUCUGGACCUUCAGGCCAAAUUUAAUGGUCAACUCCAUCCAUCAUAAUAGAGGAACCACAACCAAACUUCAUUCUUAUCUUUCUUACCUUGUGCAUACUUGACCACAUAAUCAAUAGAAAGCUGACUUUGAAGGUAGGAAAACCUGGAAUCCAGUCUGCCUGGGAUGCUUCCUAGCUGUGUAUCCACCCCCUUUCCAGUCACGACUUCUCAGUGAGCUAGGCAGCUCUAAAAUUAUAAGUCGUAGAGAAGGUGCCAACCACCUCAGAGUUCCCUGUACCAAUGAAAUCACCUGUCCAUUCCCUUUUCUAGCUACACUAUGGAUGGGGUCUGGCCUCAGGGACUUGUGGUCCAAAGUCUACAGCCUGAUUUCUCCUACUUUUGGCCAGGAUUCUCAAGCUUGAGUCCUCAGCAAUCAUCUUAUGAGGGGGGAAAAGAGGCUGUACUCCUUGUACUGGGAGGGAACACUGGGUGCAUUUCCUUUAAACGAUUACUUCUUUUCUAGCUCAAAAAGAAACUUCCCGUAAGAAAAUAAAAUGUCUUUUGCUGAGGUCAUUGGCAAGAUCUGACCAUGCCACCCAUGGAGCUGGGAAUGGAGCCAUCCUCCCCGCAACCCUCCAUCCCUCUUCUCAACUUUUUCCCCACUCCCAAACCUCUGUGCCUGGGACUAUGGUUUUAGCAAAGAAGUGGCUCAUGGACAGGAUGAGUGGUGUGUGAGAGUUCCUCCCCCAGGCUCUGGUCUGUGACAUUGGUUAGAGUGUCUCAUGCUAUACCUCAAAUCUCACCAAGAGGCCUCAGAGAGAGGCAGGAAGUUUAACAUUAUGCUCUGGUUUCUUCCAGCCUCAUCCACUAAGACCCCGACCAAGCCCCGCUCCCUGAGUUCUGGCAUUCUUCCCUUCUCUUUACCCAGGUAGGAUCAUAGCCUAGCAAAGGGCUCUGGACACAAGUAGGUAUUUAAUAAAUGUUUGUUGGAUUGAAUUGCUGUUGAAUUUGUGUAUGGAGUGGAGUCAUUCUCCCAGGACUCCUGCACCCUGGGCCCACCAGAGUGGACCGGGAGUGGUUUCCUCCCUGAAUAGUCCAGACACUGACAAUGAUUAUGUCUGUGAGUUGAAUAGACUGGGAUGAAAGGCCCAGGUAGGUAGAUUUCUUUGCUUUAUGUCAGGCUACAACUGCCAGGCAGCCUACACCCAGGCAAGAAAUUAUUGAUGGUUUAGGGCAAAGCCUUCUCUCCCCUGACUUUGGAAAUAGCUGUAUUACGUGUGACCUGAAUGUUUGUCAUAUGGCAUCCUGUGCUAAUAACUCUGGGGGUGGGGGUGGGGGUGAGAAUGCUGGUUAUGCAAAGGAGCAAUCAGGCCUUGGGCAUCCCUGAGAAAAGGGCCUCCUUCAUCAGCAAACUUUACCUGGUAUAGAGGGGAGAGAGCUGCUAAGGCUACAAGAUGAGAUAUUUCUGGAGUGGGAGCUGAAGAAGGAAGAAUUGGUCAGUGGGACCCUGGGAGAUGGGGGUCUGUGAAGAAAGGUUCAGGCUGGGGAUUCCAAGCUGGGUGAGAAUCUGGGGCUCACUGGCUCCUCUCUACAGCUCCAGAAUCUGUAGCUGCUGAGCCAAUGGGGCUGGAUAUGAAGCGAUGGGUGACCUCCACUAUACUAGUCCUGACUCUCUGCACAACUGUUACCCUGGUGCUGACUCUCCUGGCCACUAAAACCACCCUUCCUCCAGGCACCAAGUUUGGUCUCGUGUUUGAUGCUGGCUCCUCACACACAUCCCUCUUCGUGUACCAGUGGCCUGCGGACAAGGAAAAUGAUACAGGCGUGGUCAGCCAGACCAUGGCUUGUGAUGUGCAGGGGGAUGGAAUCUCUAGCUACGCUUACAACCCUGAAGCUGCAGGAAGGUCCCUGCAGCCGUGUUUAGAUGAAGCAGUGAAGUUGAUCCCAGCAGCACAGCUGGCCCAGACACCAGUGUACCUGGGCGCGACGGCAGGGAUGAGACUACUCAGCCUGGUGGACCCAGAAGCUGCUGAUCAGGUCCUGGCUAAGGUGGGCAAGACCAUCCAGGAGUACCCCAUGGAUUUCCGAGGGGCUCGGAUCAUCUCUGGUGCUGAGGAGGGAGCCUAUGGUUGGAUCACCAUCAAUUACCUCUUGGAUACCUUCACCAAGUAUUCAGUGAAGAAUGGAGGCUGGAUCCACCCUCCAGCAACCAAGGUGUUUGGGGCCCUGGACCUGGGAGGGGCUUCCACCCAGAUCAGCUUCCUCCCCAGUGGGUCUAUUGCAGAUCCAGCCACUGCCUCCCAUUUCCGUCUGUAUGGCUUCAACUACACCAUCUAUACACACAGCUACCUGUGCUAUGGGCAGGCCCAGGUGCAGAAGCAGGUGAUCCUGAAGCUGAGCCAGGAAUCCCAGGAUACCUCUGGCCAGGUCAAGCAUCCCUGUUACCACAAGGGCUUUACAAAUAAAGUGAUGGCACAGUCUAUCUAUGACAGCCCCUGCACAGCCUAUAUGCAGCCAAGAGGUUUCAACUUGAGCCAAGAGAUGAUACUGGUGGGCACAGGCAAUGUCACCAAGUGCCAACAAGCCAUCAGAGCCAUCUUCAAUUUUACUGCCUGUGGCCCCUAUCAUCCCUGCGCCUUCAAUAGCACUUACCAGCCUGCCGUGAGCGGCCAGUUCUUUGCUUUCUCUGCCUUCUUCUAUACCUUUGACUUCCUCAACAUCACCUCAGGCCAGUCUCUCUCUGAGGUCGUGGACACCAUUGAGCAGUACUGUGGCCGGAGUUGGACAGAUGUGACUGGCAGUUACCCCAAACACAAAUUGCACAGGCUGCAAGAUUACUGUGCUAAUGCCAACUAUAUCCUCAUACUCCUCCUGGAAGGCUACAAGUUCUCUGAGAAGAGCUGGACCUCCAUCAGGUUCCAACAGAAAGCUUCAGGGACAGACAUCGGCUGGACCCUUGGAUACAUGCUGAACCUAACCAACAUCAUUCCAGUUGAAGCUCCAAUCCAUGCUCGUACCCAGGAGGAGAGACUCUGGGUCACCUCCAUAUUCUUCCUUGUACUUACCCUGAUCACAGUCUUGGUCCUGCUGCUGACAUACAACCUCUGAGGGAACUCUUCCAAACCUGGGGAGAGGCCCAACCCCAGGGCCUUGCCCUGUCCCUCUCUUCCCGCCUCUGGCCCAAGGAAGGGUCAUUUUCAACCCCUGACCCUGGAGGCCAAGGUGGCUGCUGGAUAUGGGCAAGGAGGUGGCCCAUGACUGCUCCAUGUUACCAUCCUACUCCCCAUGUGUCUCACACCCUCUGUGUCUCACACACCCUGAGUCUCUCUCUGUCCCUGUGUGUACCAUAUUCCACCGCACAUACUGUUCUUUAGUCACACCUCAUUUCUCCCAUCGUUGUCAUUCUGCUUCAUUCCCAAAUGUCCCCCCACCAUCCUCCCCUUCUAUUUAUUCUAUAGACCUUGGCUUAGGAGGAGGAAGUUUAGGGGCUCUCGUGCAAUCACUAGCUGACUUCCUCUGGGGCAGACAGGGUCCUUCGGGUGGUAUAUACACGUGCAAACACAUGCAUGGACCCAGUGGCACAAUGAUGUAAAUACCUCCACCCUUAUGCACACUGAGGGCUCAGGACCCCCAUUAGGAAAUGUUAAUUAAAGUUAGGCUUGUUCCAGUC